UGAUGCCCGAGUUCAAGACAAUCAUGAACCUGAAGCAAAGGCCUUGCAACUCCGCCGUCUAGCAACUAUCCGCGAGAAUGCUGUCUAUUCCAAGUGGUUGAAACUCCAUGCAUCUCCGUGGAAGAUGCUAGAUAUUUCAUCACAGCCAACAAUCGGUGUCAAAGCUGUGGAUCAUGCCAUGUCUUGACAAUGUAUAAAACGCGACGCUUUCCCGCUCAUAUCCCACACAUAAAUGACCACCACGAUCAACGGCGCCUAGAUUGAAUUGUAGCCGAAGCACGUAUUUCUCACUAGCUCUCGUAAAUAGCUGUCGACAUGGCCUCUUAUCUUGUUACUGGCGCUUCGCGAGGCAUUGGAUUUGAGUUCGUUCGGCAGCUAUCCGCCGAUGCCAAUAACAUUGUUAUUGCUCUGGUCCGCGACAAAGAGGCAACAGAGAGGAAGAUAGCCGCGGAGAUUACUGCCUCCAACAUCACUGUUGUCCAGGCCGACAUAACCAAUAUCAAAGACCUUCAAGCCGCUGUCGCCAUCAUAUCCGAGAUAACCAAUGGUACACUUGACUACGUCAUUGCCAACGCAGGCAAGAUCUCGGACUGGUCCGGCCUGGACGAUGUCCAGGAUCUGGGCUUAGCGGACCCUAAGCUACUAGAAGAAGACAUGUUGGACCUAUUCCGCAUAAACGUUGUUGGUAACGCGCAUCUGUUUAACCUUGUUGUUCCGCUUGUCCGGAAAGGCAUGGCGAAAAAGGUCAUUGCCAUCUCGUCAGGCUUGGCCGAGCCAACCAUGACCACCAAGUGGAAGCUGACUCUCGGCUACCCUUACGCAGUCAGCAAAGGGGCUCUGAACACGCUCAUUACAAAAUUCCAAGCGCAGUAUAUUGAUGAAGGAAUCCUUUUUCUGGCUGUAUGCCCAGGGACAGUCGAUACGGGCCACUUACUCAAUCCAAACGAAAAGCAGCAAAACAAUCUCAUGGCUAUGGGAGCGGCGUUUCAAAAGUAUCAGCCCAACUUCACUGGGCCUGUACUGCCCUCGGAAGCAGUCGCAGACGUGCUCAAGGUUGUGCAUAAUGCUACUAUUGAGAAAGAUGCUGGAGGAUUUGUGUCGCAUUUUGGCAACCAGCAGUGGCUGUAAAGAUACAAGGAAGAUAUAAUUGCUGCGUUGCAAAGAUUCAUAUAUAAGACUUCUUAAUUAAUAAAUG